CUCUUUGUUCUUCCCUCAUUAAUUUCCGUCAUGGCGGAUGGGUACACGGGAGAUGUUUCCCGACCUUCUGCGCUGCCCAGUGCGAACUUCUUGCAGAGGUUUAACACGAAGGACGCCGCGGCCGAGCAGAACUCGUCAGAGUACCUCGAUGCCAUCGAGGAAGAGUGGAACAAGAAGGUAGACACGGAGGUGGGCACUCUGGUGGAUAACAUGGUCGAGCUUGUUGGGUUGGCAUCGGUUGCCAACAAAGACAAGUUUCUCAUCGCACAGGAAUCAUUUCAGGCGCAGUCUCGCGCCGAAUCUAUGGUCAGAGCAGCAAACUCGCUGCUCUCCAUCACACACUCCCUGACGCUUCUUCUGCUAUUGUCGGACGAAGCCCAAAUUGCCCACCGCCGCGACGUCGAGCUCAAGAACAUCGAGGACGAGACAAAGGACACGAGGCAGAAGGUCGCAAACUUGCUAGACGAGCUCUUGCAUCCACCGCCGUCGUCGACUUCACAAACGCACUCAGCACCCGAGACGAAUGGCCAAUGAAUGAAGCGUGUAGGAUCGUCGCUCUCGUUCUUCUGUCAUUACCAGAAAUACACUAUAGACCCUGCGGAAGACUAGCGGCGUGGUAUAACGAUACAAUGUGGUAUACAUGGGGCGGUGUGGUGGUACAAAGUCCCGAAGUCCGACCUUCGUCGAGAAGGCGGAGGCACAGGCAGCUACUGCGAGCAGACGUGCGCCGGCACGCAGGUGCCCUGGCCCUUGAGGGCGGGCAUGGCGUCCGUGGGGCUGAAGGACCGUCUGCGGGUGUCGCGGACGAUCUUGUACGGCUGCAGGCGUGCACCGCGCGCGAUGCGUCGCUCGGGGUGGCGC